ACACUGGGCUCAGAUGCGCUUAGAGCGCACUGGAGUGUAGAUCAGGAAAAGGGAACGGGAUAGCUGGUAGCUAUAGUGGAUAGGAGUAAAACGUAAAUAAAUAGACUCCUAGGGCAAUAACCAACGUGGUUCUUCGGGAUAUCGCCAUCGGAGACAUUCCGGUCACCGUUGGCGGCCUGGCCAGAGUCCUGGUGGCAAUUUAAAGCUGUUCCUUCUUACAAAAGCGGCGUGCCGAGGGAGGACGCGUCUCUUUGAAUAGACAGGAUGCACGGACCGCCCUCCGGCGACAGCGCAUGCCCAUUGCGCCUCAUCAAGAGAGUGCAAUUCGGCAUCAUCAGCCCAGAUGAGCUUAAACGGAUGUCGGUCACUGAAGGGGGAAUUAAGUACCCCGAGACCACAGAAGGAGGACGUCCCAAACUCGGUGGGCUGAUGGACCCCAGACAAGGGGUCAUCGAACGAUCGGGAAGAUGUCAGACGUGUGCAGGUAACAUGACAGAAUGCCCGGGCCACUUCGGACACAUAGAGCUGGCAAAGCCGGUGUUCCACGUAGGCUUCAUCAACAAGAUCAUGAAGGUUCUCCGAUGUGUAUGCUACUCCUGCUCCAAGCUGCUGGUGGACACUAAUAACCCAAAGAUCAAAGACAUUCUGCAGAAGUCCAAGGGGCAGCCCAGGAAACGCCUGACCCAUGUGUAUGACCUAUGUAGAGGCAAGAACAUCUGCGAGGGUGGGGAGGAGAUGGACAACAAGUUUGGAGUGGAUCAGCAGGAGCAUGACAGUGAAGACAUCACCAAGGAGAAGGGUCACGGUGGCUGCGGGCGCUACCAGCCGAGUAUCCGCCGGUCAGGCCUGGAGCUGUACGCCGAAUGGAAGCAUGUAAACGAGGACUCGCAGGAGAAGAAGAUCCUGUUGAGCCCCGAGCGCGUCUACGAGAUCUUCAAGCGCAUCUCGGACGAGGAGGACAUCAUACUUGGCCUGGACCCCAAGUUUGCCCGGCCGGAGUGGAUGAUCGUGACGGUACUUCCUGUGCCGCCGCUGGCUGUCAGACCCGCGGUCGUCAUGCAGGGCUCAGCCCGUAACCAGGACGACUUGACGCACAAGCUGGCUGACAUCGUCAAGAUCAACAAUCAGCUGCGGCGUAACGAGCAGAGCGGCGCCGCGGCCCAUGUCAUUGCUGAAGAUGUGAAGCUGCUGCAGUUUCACGUGGCCACCAUGGUGGACAACGAACUGCCGGGUCUACCCAGGGCAAUGCAAAAAUCGGGGCGGCCGCUCAAAUCCCUCAAACAGCGUCUAAAGGGAAAGGAAGGGCGAGUCCGAGGUAACCUGAUGGGAAAACGUGUGGAUUUUUCUGCCCGAACCGUCAUCACCCCUGACCCCAAUCUCCAAAUCGACCAAGUGGGCGUGCCGCGUUCCAUUGCCGCCAACAUGACUUUCCCAGAGAUCGUCACGCCCUUUAACAUUGACAGGUUACAGGAGCUGGUUCGCAGAGGCAACAGCCAGUACCCGGGAGCCAAAUAUAUCAUCCGUGACAACGGGGACAGGAUUGACCUGCGGUUUCACCCGAAACCAAGCGACCUUCACCUCCAGAUUGGCUAUAAGGUGGAAAGACACAUGUGCGACGGUGACAUCAUCAUCUUCAACCGACAGCCUACGCUACACAAAAUGUCCAUGAUGGGGCACAGGGUCCGGAUUCUGCCCUGGUCCACCUUCCGGAUGAACCUCAGUGUCACCACACCGUACAAUGCCGACUUCGAUGGGGAUGAGAUGAACCUGCAUCUGCCCCAGUCCCUUGAGACGAGAGCUGAGAUCCAGGAGCUGGCCAUGGUGCCUCGCAUGAUCGUCACCCCCCAGUCCAACCGGCCUGUCAUGGGCAUCGUGCAGGACACCCUCACCGCCGUGCGCAAGUUCACCAAGAGGGACGUCUUCCUAGAGCGGGGUGACGUGAUGAACCUGCUGAUGUUCCUGUCUACGUGGGAUGGCAAGGUGCCUCAGCCGGCCAUCCUGAAGCCCCGGCCGCUGUGGACGGGCAAGCAGAUCUUCAGCCUCAUCAUCCCGGGCCACAUCAACGCCAUCCGAACGCACAGCACCCACCCAGAUGAGGAGGACAGUGGGCCCUACAAGCACAUCUCCCCCGGGGACACAAAGGUGAUAGUAGAGAACGGGGAGCUGAUCAUGGGCAUCCUGUGUAAGAAGUCGCUGGGUACCUCGGCCGGCUCCCUGGUCCACAUCUGCUUCCUGGAGAUGGGCCACGACGUCACCCGACUCUUCUACUCCAACAUCCAGACGGUGGUCAACAAUUGGCUGCUCAUUGAGGGUGCUUCUAUCGGUAUUGGUGACUCCAUUGCUGAUGCAAAGACAUACUUGGACAUCCAGAACACCAUCAAAAAGGCCAAACAGGAUGUGAUAGAGGUCAUUGAGAAGGCUCACAACAAUGAGCUGGAGCCCACCCCCGGUAACACGCUGAGGCAGACCUUUGAGAACCAGGUCAAUCGCAUCCUGAACGAUGCCCGUGACAAAACGGGCUCCUCCGCCCAGAAGUCCCUGUCUGAGUACAACAACUUCAAGUCCAUGGUGGUGGCCGGCUCCAAGGGUUCCAAGAUUAACAUCUCCCAGGUCAUUGCCGUGGUGGGUCAGCAGAACGUGGAGGGUAAGCGCAUUCCCUUCGGCUUCAAGCACCGCACGCUGCCCCACUUCAUCAAGGAUGAUUACGGCCCUGAGAGCAGAGGCUUUGUUGAGAACUCUUACCUGGCCGGCCUCACGCCCACUGAGUUUUUCUUCCACGCCAUGGGAGGCAGAGAGGGGCUUAUCGACACAGCUGUGAAGACCGCCGAGACUGGAUACAUCCAGCGGCGUCUGAUCAAGUCCAUGGAGUCCGUGAUGGUGAAGUACGACGCCACGGUGAGGAACUCCAUCAACCAGGUGGUGCAGCUGCGCUACGGGGAGGACGGCCUGGCCGGGGAGAGCGUGGAGUUCCAGAACAUGGCCACGCUGAAACCGUCCAACAAGGCCUUCGAGAAGAAGUUCAGAUUCGACUGCACCAACGAGCGGGCCCUGCGGCGCACCCUGCAGGAGGAGGUGGUGAAGGACGUGAUGACAAACGCCCGCGUGCAGAGCGCCCUGGAGAGGGAGUUUGAGAAGAUGAAGGAGGACAGAGAGAUCCUGAGGGCCAUCUUCCCCACCGGUGACAGCAAGGUGGUGCUGCCCUGCAAUCUUGCCAGAAUGAUCUGGAACGCCCAGAAGAUCUUCAGAAUCAACCCUCGCACCCCCACGGACCUCAACCCCCUCCGAGUGGUAGAGGGUGUCCAGGAGCUGAGUAAAAAGCUGGUGAUUGUGAACGGGGAGGAUCAUCUGAGCAGGCAGGCCCAGCAGAACGCCACGCUGCUCUUCAACAUCCACCUGCGCUCCACGCUCAGCUCCAGGCGCAUGACCGACGAGUUCCGACUCAGCACGGAGGCCUACGACUGGCUGCUGGGAGAGAUCGAGUCCAAGUUCAACCAGGCAAUUGCCCACCCGGGUGAGAUGGUGGGGGCGUUGGCCGCUCAGUCGCUGGGUGAGCCCGCCACCCAGAUGACCCUGAACACCUUCCACUACGCCGGUGUGUCGGCCAAGAACGUCACCCUGGGUGUACCCCGUCUUAAGGAGCUCAUCAACAUCUCUAAGAGGCCCAAGACCCCCUCUCUCACCGUCUUCCUGCUGGGCCAGGCGGCCCGCGACGCAGAGAGGGCCAAGGACAUCCUCUGUCGGCUGGAGCACACCACCCUCAGAAAGGUGACCGCCAACACAGCCAUCUACUACGACCCCAACCCCCAGAGCACCGUGGUGACGGAGGACCAGGAGUGGGUCAACGUCUACUACGAGAUGCCCGACUUCGACGUGACCCGCAUCUCCCCCUGGCUGCUCCGCAUCGAGCUCGACCGCAAGCACAUGACUGACCGCAAGCUGACCAUGGAGCAGAUCGCGGAGAAGAUAAACGCAGGGUUCGGCGACGACCUCAACUGUAUCUUCAACGACGACAACGCGGAGAAGCUGGUCCUGCGGAUCCGCAUCAUGAACAGCGACGAGAACAAGUUCCACGAGGACGAGGAGGUGGUGGACAAGAUGGACGACGACGUCUUCCUGAGGUGCAUCGAGUCCAACAUGCUGACGGACAUGACGCUGCAGGGCAUCGAGCAGAUCAGCAAGGUGUACAUGCACCUGCCGCAGACCGACAACAAGAAGAAGAUCAUCAUCACCGAGGAGGGCGAGUUCAAGGCCCUGCAGGAGUGGAUCCUGGAGACAGACGGCGUGGGCCUCAUGAGGGUCCUGAGCGAGAAGGACGUGGACCCCGUCAGGACCACCUCCAACGACAUCGUGGAGAUCUUCACGGUGCUGGGGAUCGAGGCUGUGCGGAAGGCCCUGGAGAGGGAGCUGAACCACGUCAUCUCCUUCGACGGCUCCUACGUCAACUACCGGCACCUGUCCCUGCUCUGUGACACCAUGACGUCCCGCGGCCACCUCAUGGCCAUCACGCGUCACGGCAUCAACCGGCAGGACACGGGGCCGCUCAUGAAGUGCUCCUUUGAGGAGACGGUGGACGUGCUGAUGGAGGCCUCGGCCCACGGGGAGAGCGACCCAAUGAAGGGCGUGUCUGAGAACAUCAUGCUUGGCCAGCUGGCCCCCUGCGGAACGGGCUGCUUCGACCUGCUGCUGGACGCAGAGAAGUGCAAAUACGGCAUGGAGAUCCCGACUAACAUCCCCGGCAUCAGUGUGGCUGGAGGACCCACCGGAAUGUUCUUUGGCUCGGCGCCGAGCCCCAUGAGUGGCAUGUCUCCCGCCAUGACCCCCUGGAACACCGGCGCCACCCCGGCCUACGGGGCCUGGUCCCCAAGCAUCGGUAGCGGGAUGACCCCCGGGGCAGCCGGCUUCUCCCCCAGUGCGGCGUCCGACGCCAGCGGCUUCUCUCCGGGCUAUUCCCCCGCCUGGUCGCCUACCCCUGGGUCUCCUGGGUCCCCGGGGCCAGCCAGCCCGUACAUCCCGUCCCCAGGAGGUGGGAUGUCUCCCAACUACUCCCCUACCUCCCCAGCCUAUGAGCCCCGCUCUCCUGGGGGAUACACCCCGCAAAGCCCAGGUUACUCCCCAACCUCCCCCUCCUACUCCCCAACCUCCCCCUCUUACUCCCCCACCAGCCCAAACUACAGCCCCACCUCACCCUCUUAUUCACCCACCUCCCCCAGCUACUCCCCCACCUCCCCCUCAUACUCCCCUACAUCUCCCAGUUACUCUCCCACUUCCCCCUCAUACUCUCCAACCUCCCCUUCCUACUCUCCAACCUCCCCUUCUUAUUCCCCGACCUCUCCCAGCUACAGCCCAACGUCCCCAAGCUACAGCCCAACAUCGCCGAGCUACUCCCCCACCUCCCCCUCUUACUCCCCCACCUCCCCCUCCUAUUCGCCCACGUCUCCCUCCUACUCGCCCACCUCACCCUCUUACUCCCCAACCUCCCCUUCUUACUCUCCAACGUCCCCAAGCUACAGCCCCUCUUCGCCUAACUACACCCCCACCUCCCCGAGUUACUCCCCGACCUCCCCUUCCUACUCGCCCACCUCCCCUUCCUACUCGCCCACCUCCCCGAACUACACCCCCACCAGCCCCAACUACUCCCCCACCUCCCCCUCCUACUCUCCCACCUCUCCAUCCUAUUCUCCCUCCAGCCCACGCUUCACUCCUCAGUCGCCCACCUACACCCCCAGCUCUCCCUCCUACAGCCCAAGCUCGCCGUCCUACUCCCCCACCUCUCCAAAAUACACCCCUACGUCCCCGUCUUACUCCCCCAGCUCGCCCGAGUACACCCCCACCUCGCCCAAAUACUCCCCCACCUCGCCCAAGUACUCCCCCACCUCGCCCAAGUACUCCCCCACCUCGCCCACCUACUCUCCGACGACCCCCAAGUACAGCCCCACCUCGCCCACCUACUCCCCCACCUCGCCCACCUACACCCCCACCAGCCCCAAAUACUCCCCCACCUCGCCCACCUACUCCCCGACGUCUCCAAAGUACUCGCCCACCUCCCCCACCUACUCGCCCACUAGCCCCAAAGGAUCCACCUACAGCCCAAUGUCUCCGAGCUACAGCAACCCCUCGCCCACCUACACCCUCAACAGCCCGGCCAUCAGCCCAGACGACAGUGAUGAAGAGAACAACUGAGGAGGCCAGGAGAUGGAGCGGGAGCUGAGGAGCUCCUCUUCCCAGCGCGAAGCCUGUGGACUGGGGCUGGAAAACUGAAGGACAGCCCCCUUUGCUUGGUGGUUUCAGCGGAAGGUCACAGCAAAGGAAAAAACCUUGGGGGAUCCCACUUGUGAAUUUUUUUAUUUCGGGGACCCACUUCCAAAUCUGUUUUUAGUUUCAAAGUUCAUUGGUUACAUAAACAUUAUAGACAAUGUUGUUGCAGGUGUAGCUAAAUGCUUGUGUCACGGCUACUAAAGAAUGCAGUCAUUUAAAUAAAGUAAUGAAAUAUUAAACAAGUCCACAUACAAGUACAACACAAAAUCUGCAAAAAAAAAAUACAAUCCCAAGUACUAAAUCAAGUGAACAGGAUAUGUAGAUCGACUUGUCGACCAGUGUACAUGGUACUGCAGAUUGGACCGAGUGUGUGUGUGUACGUAGAAAGUGUUUGUGUGUAAAACAGGCUUUACAGCGCAGAUCAGGGUGCAGGGAAGAUUUAAGGUCUAACAGGCCUGCAGAUAGAAGCCCACCCCCCAGGCCAUCUCUUGACCCUGGUUACCAUCUCUGUCUACCAAACGAUCGUGGGCCGAGCAACCAAACCAGGUGGUCGGUCAUCUGUGGAAAUUCACGAGGGUCCUCUGGGACACUCCCAAUUUCUUCAGCUGUCUGAGGUUGGAGAGAAGCUGUUGUGCCUUCUUCACCACAGUGUCGGUGUUUGUCGGACCAUUUCGGGUCCCAUCUGAUGUGUUUACAGAGGAACAUUGAGCUGUUGACCCCCCCCCCCCCCCCCCCCCCCCCCCCCCCCCCCCCCCCCAUGGAAGCCCCCGUGGUGGCGUUCUCUCUCCUACAUCCCCUGAAGUCCACAAUCGGCUUCAUUUUCUUUUCGUUGAGCGGAGAGGUCAUUUACUCCACCGCCCCUUGGAUUAUCAUCGCUGUUGGUGAUCAGCCACUGAUCAGCCACUUGUCACCACCAAGGGAGGGUAAUCCCGUCCCAUCAACCGCUGUGCCCCAGCCUCUUCCAAGUCAGGGGGGGAUGGCUCCUAAAAUGUGUUUACUACAAUUUGAGUUUGGAAGACUUUUGAAGUGUUUAGCCAGGAGAAAAGGGCUCCACCUUUGGACCAGACACACAAGAGUGGAGGUUGUUGUAAACUGUAAGACCACAUCAAGAAAAGCCUCCACCCGGGGAUCCUUUCUCUGGACGUCAGUGUUGGAUGUGGAGUUGUAGUAAUGAAGAGCGGGUAAUGCCAAAAGCCUUUGGAAAAAGCUACCGAUGUAUUGUGUUUAUCUACGUAAAAAGCAUUUAAGCUUCCGAAACUAAGGUUGAAGGUGAGCUGAUGUGUUGGAUUUUCUGUUUUUUUCCCUCUUAAAUAUAUAUUCCUGACACUUGUUUUUUUUUUUUGGGGGGGGGGGGGACGUAUCAGAAGACAGGCCAGAGUUGAGCUCACAGGAAAUUGAUGAGGCAAAUCCAAUUAAUAUCUGCAGUUCACAGUAAUUUAAACAGUGGUAGAAACAUUCAUUGUGUUCCUUGUGACAUUAUUCAGGGCUGCAUUUUAAGACCAUCUAGAAAAGGAUAGAGAUUUUAGUCAGUGGGCAAAAGAGACGUUUUGAAGUCACACUUUUCCGCCACCCACACAAUGUUCCAAAUCCUUUACCCUUUACCCCCCCCCCCCCCCCCCCAAGACAUGCCUGAAAGAUGUCAGAGACCUACCAGCAUCCCUUUGUCUUUCAGUUGAUGAGACUUCUGUACAGCAGCAAAAAAGCUGAGCCCCCCCCCCCCUUCAGCAAGCCACUUCUUUCCUAAAACACUGGGAAGUAUGAGGUUAAUGAAACACUUCAUAUUAUUACUAUCUAUUGAUUGUUAUUCUAUUGAUUUUGAUACUAUUUGCUACGAGGAGAGAAUGGAGAGUUUUAUAGGUGGACGAGGGAUACUGGUUUGUCGGCGUUGUUGCUUUUUGUUAUCGCUUAUGCAUGAAUAGCAACCUGGUAAUACAUUCUAGCGAUCCAGUUCUAGGUUGAACUUGUCUUAUUUGUUAUCCCUUACACCUUUUCUAUGAUCCUCGUUCCAUAUUUUAAUUAUUAGUCAAAUGAUUUCUCUAUCUGUUUAGCCUCACUUGUUCAGUUUAUUUAAGAAAAAAAAAGGAGUGUACUAUUGUGUAAGAAUCGAGAGAUGUAAUUCAAUGAUUUAAGUUUUCUUUCCUGUUUGACUUCGUAGGGGCUAUUUGCAAAAUGUAUGUGUUAAAGUACUGGAUGAAGGGAAGUCAGUUCAGCUUUGGGCCAAGAUCGCCCCACAUUCUUCUUCAGUUGUAAAAUGAAAAAAGUUGCAUGUAGUCAAUUUGAGGCUUCAUAACCUACUAUAAAUGUGUAUCCGCUUUGCGGCUCAAUGACGGUUCCAACAGAAGGUUUAGGCAGAUGCUGCACAGGCAUUCACAGCAUUCACUUCUGUGUAUUUCAGUUAUGCUAUUGAACACUGGGGGGUGAUGUUGACACUCUUGUGUUAGAAAACCUCAGUUUAAGUUCAGUGAAGGGGGAUGAGAGGUUUCAGAGCACUCUUGGCCUAUACUUUGCUCCACUACAUUAGUGUGACGGUGAAUCGUUGCGGCAUAAACAGACUUCACGUUUAAUACCAGAUCCUCUUCUACUUUACUGGGCCCUAGUUUGAUUAACGUAGGGAGGUGUUGCGUCCCCGUGUUUGGCUCAGGAUGAGGACGUGCUGUCUGACUUCUGAUUCUAACUGCUGGGUCUCCUGUCUCCCCUUAAUCCACAUGUGAUUCUGAUCGUUUCUGAAAUCAGUGUUUUAUUUUAUAAUUUUUUUUACCAGUGUAUGUACCUGUUAUUGGGAAUCGAGGGCUGGGAGGGCUGGGUGGGUGGUAGGUGAGGCCAGGAGUAAUAUUUGAAACUGGGAGUGCUGAGGGAUUGGAAUUCCACCCCUGAAGAAUUACAUGAUGGGACUGGAACUCUGACACAUUUGUUGGGAAUUAUUCUGGUUCGGGAACGUUUUUGGUACAACCCGCCGCCCGGCCUAACAUAUGUUGAGUGAUUUUGAAUUGACUGGACUGUACUGCCUGCGUUGGACACAGGUGUUUGCUAAACACAAGUCCAUGCAAUUGGUCUCUACCACCUUUUGCCGCAAGACGUGGGUCUUUAUCCACUACCGUCAUAUCCCAAUGAUUUACCUAAGUAGUCGAGUCAAUUCAAGAUGCCAGAACUCCCAGUGGUGUGAAAGUGUGUGUUUUGAGAGGUGUGAGUGUUGCAGAGACAGGGUUUUCUUGAGUUUGAGAAAAAACUGGGACAGGUUGUCAUGGUGAAAUGGAAGGUUUAAAUUAACAAAUUGCCACUGUAUAGAAAUCAAUCCAAUAUUUUGAUCUCUGCAUCUUUGUUUUUUGUUUUUGACUUGAGAAAAAUAAAAGUUUUACUACAGA